AUGACGGAUGGCUUGUCCCUUUCCAAUGGAGGAAAAGGUCCGGUGGUCUUAGGUGUAACAUGGGCAGAAAUGGGCUUGGCUUUUGUCCUGAUUGUUCUCCGUGCCAAAACGGCUUCUAUCUGUCCUUCACGACAACUAUCGUCCGGCUUGUUUGGUCUGCGGUGGGAUUUUGUGUGGGUAAUUAUUGCUUUUGCCUUUGCUCUGGCUGCCCAGAGUAUCAUGACUGUUAGUAUCCGAUUUGGACUCGGCACUCAUGAAAAUCUACUCCCGCCCGACAGAAUUGCCAAAACAAAUCUGUGGAGCUGGAUUGCUCAGGUCGUGGCUAUUCUGGACUUGGUUCUUGCGCGCAUUGCUGUCAUUGCCUUUCUGCUCACCAUCCAGAAUGGCACCAGAAGCAAGGGUAGAUACCUUCUCUACGCCGUGGGUGCUACACAAGCCAUUGUCAAUGUGAUCGAGGUGGGCCUAAUCUUCAAACAAUGCACCCCAACAGCCAAGUUAUGGAACAGUGCACUACCAGGCACAUGCAAUGGGAUCGUCAUCUGUUCUCAAGUCGGAUUUGCUCAAGGCAGCAUUGGAGCUUUCUCUGACUUUCUAUUGGCCGGGUAUCCCGUAUACAUUAUUGGAAGAUUACAAGUGAUGAAGCUCUCGACAAAAGUCGGACUUUGUCUCAUAAUGGGAGGUGGACUAAUUGCAGGAAUCGCCGGGAUUAAUAAAACCAUCGCAAUCGCAUCCAUCACAGAGGCCGAGGAUCUAACUUAUGCCAUCUACAAACUGAAUACGUGGGUCUUGACCGAAAUGUGGUUCAUUAUUAUUUUCGGCUCCAUUCCAACCCUCCGUCCGUUUUUCAUCAAAUUCACACAAGAUCUUAAGAGCGCGACGGGUUUUUCCUCCCGGAGUUCCGGCAAACGCUCCACCGGUCAGGGCUACCUAACUGAUAGUCAAGAACAACACCAGUCAUGGGUGGAAUUAAAUGAUCGGACGCCGGGCUCUUGGGUUCCACGCGGCACUGCUAUUACAAGCGCGACCCGCGAUAGUGCGGAUGCGCAGCGAAGAGAGGUGCUUGCAGAUGCAGAUGAGCAGCAUAUAAUGGUCACGAAAAAUACCACCAUCAUCUCAGAGGGAGCUUAA